AUGUCAACUCUAUACGUGCCGCCUACCGUCGAAGAGGACGCCCGAGAAGACAAGGCUCGAUCAGGCGACGAGGUACUCGAUGAGGAGAUCAAGAAACAUGAUAAGAAUACUACUGGACAAAAGAAAUCCGAGAAGAUCCCAAUCCCAGAGCCCACGAAAAAGGAGAAGUUUCCAUCAAGCACCGGUGAACGGCCUGAAAAUUCGUUAGAAGAUGACCACCGCCAUAAUGACGCAGAAAUGUUUGGCCAUAGUAUCACGCUCAAGGACGCAGUCGGGAGGAAGUUCAAGUUUCCUUACGAGAUGGUGAAACUUUGGUCCAUCUAUUUUGGUGUUGCGAGAGCUUACGCGUGA